AUGGCAUCAUAUCCCUUCGGUUUCCGUGUGGCGCAGGCUGUCGGCAUCUCCGGUGCAGCAUGGCUAGCAGGUAAUAUCGCAGCCCUUAGCACUAUCACCACACCUGCUCUUAUCCGAUCUCAAAAAGAAGAUAAUCCUCCUGUUGGACUGCUGGCCAAACAAUGGAGGAAUUUGUUUGAAAAUGGCAAAACAAAGAACCCACCUGUCGCAGUUGGCGUGACUUCUGCUUUCAUCUACCUUGCUUGGUCUGUUCGAUCGGGGGGUCAUUUAUUCAAAAAGACUCCUAUCAGCAGAUCGGUACUAUUCUCCGCAGCAGCGGUCCUGACAAUAAGCAUUGUCCCAUUUACGUUCGUUGCUAUGUCAAACACAAACAACAAGCUCUUAGAAAAGAGCGAAUCAACAAAAGAGGCUUCCGAUGCGGAGACAGUGAAUCUGGUUGAGCGCUGGACAACUCUCAAUCAAAUUAGAGGAGUUCUACCUCUGAUUGGAGGGUUAUGUGGCAUGCUUGCUACAUUGUUGUAA